AUGGCCAUGGACGGCUACAGAGGCUUCCUGGGGCUGCUGGUGUCCGCGCUGUUUGUCGGCUUCCUGUCGGUGAUAUUCACCCUCAUCUGGGUCCUCCACUACCGGGAGGGGCUCGGCUGGGACGGCACCGGGCUAGAGUUUAACUGGCACCCGGUGCUCCUGGUCACCGGCUUCAUCUUCAUCCAUGGCAUCGCCAUCAUUGUGUACAGACUACCGUGGACCUGGAAAUGCAGCAAGCUCCUGAUGAAAUCCAUUCACGCGGGCUUGAACUCCGUGGCAGCCAUUCUUGCAAUCAUUGCUCUGGUGGCUGUUUUUGAUUUCCACAAUGCCAAGAAUAUCCCCAAUAUGUACAGUCUGCACAGCUGGAUUGGACUGACAGCCGUCAUACUUUACAUCUUACAGCUUCUUCUAGGUUUUUCCAUUUUUUUACUUCCUUUCGCCCCACCUUCUCUCCGAGCAAUUCUCAUGCCCAUACAUGUUUACUCUGGCCUCCUCAUAUUUGGAACAGUGAUUGCAGCGACAUUUAUGGGAUUGACGGAAAAACUGAUUUUUUCCUUGAACAAUCCCGCGUACAGUUCAUUCCCACCAGAAGGCAUAUUUACAAAUACCCUCGGCCUUCUGAUUCUGGUAUUCGGAGCCCUCAUUUUUUGGAUUGUUACCAGACCACAGUGGAAACGUCCUAAAGAACCAAAUUCUGUCCGUCUUCAGCCAAACGGAGGCAACACAGAGGGAGGAGAAGUCUCCACGGCAAUAAACUUUGGCAACAACGUGGACAAAUCAGAUUCAGAGUUAAACAGUGAUGCAGCAGCAAGGAAAAGAAAUAUCACUCUUGAUGAUGCUGGACAGAGAUCCACUAUGUGA